GUAGGACUUAAAUAAUUUAGUAAAUUUUCUUCUCAAUUCAAUUAUGGGUAUGGACCACGAUCAAGCAUUUUUACACAUACUUCGUGAAGAAAAAAACAUUAAUAAUUUCUUGGAUGCCUUUUUUGGAUUUUUAUACAGAUGACUUUUAUGUCGAAUCAAACUUGGAACAAAAAUUAGGCUUUCCACCUGGAGUAGCAGAGAAACUUGUAGCAAAUAGCAUGUACAAAUGGAAAAAUAUUGCAUCAACUUUACAGAAGACAAUACCUGUAAAGUAUGACUCGAUCAAGAACAGCAAUAGCAGAUCAUAUUCAAAUCAGUUAACUUUAACAGACAACGAAAAUUGUACACUUGUUCCACCAGCUGUGCAAGAAAUUGAAAUUGACUCGUGCAGUGAAUCUACCAACAUUAAUCCACCUCCUGCACAAUCAUUCAAGACAGAUAAUGUGUCAGAUAGUUAUAAUGGAGCUGUAAGAGACAAUUAUAUUUGGACACAGACACUGAAUGACUUGGAUGUACUUGUAAAGAUACCAGAACAUGUUAAGAUAUCCAAAGAUACAAUUAGGGUCAAUAUAAGUUCAGACGAAGUCAAAAUCGAUGUCAAGCCUUUGAAUUCUUCAACAGAUUCCAAAUGGGAUAAUAUUUUUAAUGGCAAGCUUAGUUUUAAGAUACGGAAAGAUGAAUCUAUAUGGAGUAUUGAAGCUGGAAAGCACAUAAAUAUUCAUCUUGAGAAAGCUACUGAAAGAUGGUGGGAAGCCUUAAUAGUCGACGAACCAAAAAUUGAUUUGAGCAAGAUUGACUGUUCAAAACAUUUAGAUGAUAUGAUACCAGAGGAACAGAUGAAAGUGCAGAAAUUAAUGUGGAAUCAACAACAAAAGCUUUUAGGCAAGCCAACGUCUGAGCAAAUUAAGAUGGAGGCUACUUUGAAGCAGGCAUGGAAUGCAAAAGGAUCACCUUUUCAGGGUACACCUUAUGAUCCUACAAUUUUGAAAUAUAAUUAAUGUAUCUAUGUAAUUAUGUUUCUUCUUAUUUAUGAUUUUUAAAUAUCAGAGAUAUUGAAAAAAUUAAAUGUAAUACUUAUAUUUAUAAAUAAUUUUAUAAAUACACACAUACAUAUAUGUAGUAA